UGGCAGCCCUGGUCAGCCAGCUGUUCGUCGUGGUCGUGCAACAACAUAUUUAGCAGCGAGCUGGAUAAUCUAUUUUUGUAUUCGGAAAACGUAGAAAGCGAGUAAAAGUCGUAGGCCCUGCGCUGGGAAAAUCGAAAACUGUCCGAAAACACUGGAAAAAUAAAGAAACUGCACGUUGGCCGACACAAGAACAACUUAACCUGGAAGAAAAGUGAUUGCGAAAUACGCUCCAAGAGGAAGCCAGACGUCAUAAUCGCAUCUACUUGGAAGCGCUGCCGUUUUCAACAUUUUAUGGCGGAAGCAACAGCCGUCAAUUUGUAAUUGAAGAGCACAUUCGAAGAAACAUACAAUCCCCGCCAGCAACGGCCACCAGCAACAUGUUUUGACCUUCCACUCGGAAUAGCUGGAGCGCCCGCUGCUCUUCUCUGUUCCCCCUGGUCUCCUCGUCAUCCGUUUCAACGCAUCAGCCCUUCGUAACAAGCACAAAGCCACAGCACAUAAGCCAUGUCCUUCUCCGACUUCGACGCCAUCUACGAGGAUGAGCAGCUGGACGACCUGGAGCACUUCCAGGACCAGACGGUGGCGCCCGUCCAGGAACCUAUCAUCAUUCGCGGCGCAGGCAACAUGACGGUAUUUGGCCUGAGCAAUCGCUUUAACGCGGAGUUCCCUUGCGGUCUGCUGUCCCGAGUGGCUCCCGAGGAGUUCAAGGCGACGGUGGGCCGGAUUAACGGAGUGCUGAAAAAAUCCCUGCCGGUCAACGUCAAGUGGCUCUUCUGCGGAUGUGUCUGCUGUUGCUGCACGCUCGGCUGUUCCCUUUGGCCCGUCAUCUGUCUCAGCAAACGCACACAACUCACUCUGGACAAACUGUUCGAAUGGGAAAAUAAUCAUCUAUAUCAUAAGCUGGGCCUGCACUGGCGACUGCAUAAGCAACAAUGUGAUUCCAAUUCCAUGAUGGAGUAUGUUAUUUUAAUUGAAUUUAUACCCAAAACGCCCAUCUACCGGCCCGACUAAAUUCCGGUUAGGCAGAGGGGCGUGGGCACGGUAUCGCGGGGUCGUAAUGGUAAUUGUAAAAUAAACACUAGCUGCUAACACUUUGCUUUAGGCGUUUACGGCUCGUGCUAAACGGCAGAGAGUAGGAGAAGUACACUAAUCCAUAGGACAGGCAGGCACAGCACACAAUGGAUGGGCAUUUCCUAAUUUAGUGCACCCGCAGAAUGUCGUAUUAAGCUAUUACUAUUUAAUUUUUGCUAAAAUCCUAGCCAGUAAGAAUGAUUUCUCGUAACUUUAGGGCGCUUUACUUCCCUGAUUUGGUUUAGUUGUAAAUUCCAAUUUGUUUUUCAAACUAAUGCAAUAUUAUUAAAUAUAUUUCUUGAUAGGAAAUUAAAAUUGA